CCAGUACCGUAGGUACCUCAGGCUAUCUACGGUACCGUAGGUACCUUAAGAUGCAUACUUGGUACCUACUGCGGUACCGUACCAGCAAGUACCGUACUGCGGUAGGUGGUACCGUAGUACUACGGUACAUCAGGCUGCAGAUUGCUUGCAAGUUUGCAAGUAGUGGUGUCAGGUGCCCGUAUUGGUUGUAAAUGUAAAUUUUCAUGAGCUCAAAACUUGUGAAGCCACUAAAUGUACUCUACGUAUGGGCUUGCUUGAUGGCGCGAUUAGGGAAGUCAAUAGCUGAGGACAUAGAUCAUAAUAUUCACAAUAUGACCAUUAGAGUAAAGCAAGUGGAACAGGAGUUUAUUAAAAAUGGCAGUGAGAGUGUGGCGCUAGCGGCUCUGGUGGUGAGUGGCCAUAAGGCCAUCGAUAGCAAAUUCAUUCAACAAUCGGCGUGUGCAGCACUAACCAUGAUCAAUAGUGCUCGGACUCCCGGGGGCUUUUAUGGUGAUGCAGUUGUGAUGAUGGGUCCUUUGGGUACUAGCACGCCGUUAGACCUAAACUCGUGGCGGAGUGCACGGCCAGGAUGGCUAUCUGAACAUGAUGAUCAUGCCAAGGAGCUCGCUGCGCUUAUGGACGUCAAGGGACUACGAAUCAGGGCGAUGGACCUAGUACCACUUUUGUUAAGCAAUACAUACCCGUUCAUGAAGCGCAACUUAAACUACAUGAAACUUGCCGUUUAUACCCUGGGCACCUACGACAAGGUCAUGUUUGUCGACCUGGACAUUGUAGUUGUUGGGCCACUCUCCGACAUCCUGGCACUAUCCACGAGGUCAACUGAGCUCGUCGGCUACCGAACAUGCACAGCUCCGGUGAAUAGUGGCUUUUUUAUCGUUCGGCCCGGGGGCAGUAAUGGAAAGCGACGACUGAGGCAUCUUAAUAAUAUUGCCCUACGGAACAAUUGCCCGUGCAGGAGCUCAAGAGACCCCUUCGCCAGUUUCGGUUUUGACAACUGGGGCAGAAUCACCAACGACCUUAAAAAACUCUGGAAUUCUGGUACCUACGAUGCACCGAACAGGCCUCAACAUAAAAAAAUGUGCCGCAGUGUUUUGGGUAAAACAGAGCGUACCUGGGACCUUGCUGGGUCAGGCACCGGUCAAGGAUUGAUGUGGUAUUACUUUGCACUCAAAAUCAAUUCCUAUGUAUCUCUCACCUACUCAGACCUGCCCUUGGUUCACUACAAUGCCCCCGGUCCGAAGCCUUGGGUACCCGGUGCACAAACAAAGGCCACUAAUGACCCAGGGAUACGCCAGCAUUGCGACUUCAUUUGGUGGUCAAGCUUUCUCAGAGCGGAGAAUAAAAUGCCCACGUCAGUUUUUGACAAAUGUUUUGAUCUCCUUUUACCUCAUCUUGAUACCAAGCGCGAUGCCGGGCACUUCAUUGGGCCUUCCUGUUGUCGAACUUGUCCAGGAGGUGGUCAUUUUGCAACGUCACAGCGUUGCUCAGACCAUAAAUCGCUUGCAAGGUACUCAGUUGAUCAUUGCACCAUUAUCGCCGAGGUCAAAGCCCCGCCUACAAGAAAAGUUGACGUUUUAAGAGAAAACUUGCGUGCAUUUAGCUAGUUGCGUGCACAUUAGGCCUCGUAUGGUUGUUCGGCCCAUGGAUUACUACAAAAUCCACUGGACUAAGUUUGGGACAGCUGACUGGAGUUUUUGCGUGUGUGUUGGUGAGGACUAGCCUGCACAGAGCGGUAUAUUCUUCUGGCAGCCACGUAUCUAUUGCGGUUUUUCGAUCAUUGGGCGACCUUUCUGCAAAAUUGAGCAGUGUUAAAACAAACCGUGAUGCAUCACCCACUUCGUCAUUUAGUUCAGAGCCGACCGGCUCUAAGCGCCCCCUAAGCGCCCCCUAGAGAGUAGUGGUGAUGUUGAAUUAUCCUGACAAUGCCCACGAAUAAAAUGAUACGCUUCUACAUUUGAUCAUCAUCAAAAGUAAUAAACACGCACGAAAUAAAAGGGAAAGGGCGGAACCAAAAAUUGAGGAAAUUUUCAAUUGAUAGGAAGGUCGCAAUAUGGGGCCGUUUUGUGACGCGGAGUACCGUGUCUUGGCCUACCAUUUUUUUUAUUUGCCUCGCCACUCACUAAUGCGCUAUCGGCGGAGGUUAAAGACGACCGGGCGCCGGUCUUUUGCCCUAUCAGUAAGGCGAAAUUUGCCGCUACGCUAGUAGUCUGGCGUUCGGCUCCGUCGUAGCCACCACUUUCUAAUUAGCGGGCGGUUAGAACGGACGGUAACGAUAUCAUAUGAUAGAUUAGUUCAGGUUGGGCCCGGUUACUAGUACGUUAACAUUUAGUGACGGGUGGUUCACCGAACCCCGAAUUCUAACCGUCUCGGCCGGGGCCAACUUGAGCCAGAGGUCCCCCUUGAACAAUCGAUUAAACCAUCUUACGUACGGGUUUUUCCUCCCUGCACGUCCCCUUCGGGGACGUGCCUACGCCUAGUCUAGUC